GCCUUUCCAAGCUGUUCCCAUCAGAUCCUCUCGUAAUUGUGGUUUAAUCAUCCUGGCGAAUGUGCAGCGUUUUGCAACUAGUCGGAACGCUGCAAGGGCUUUGAUCUUGGGCUGCGGAGGAAGUGCCAGGCGGGUUUGGCACAAUGACUUAUCAUACAGGGCUUUAGCAGCGUGGCAAAAGUUGGCUGUUUUCAAGUUGCCUUCCCCCUUCCCUCUCCUCUUUCACUUCUGGGAUAUCUGAGCUGGCUUCUCUCCCCUGGGUAUUCCUUUCCUUCUCCCACUUGCUGCGGAAGGAACCAGUCUACCAUGGCCGGGGACAAACUUCCACACAAAGUGAUGGACCCCAAGAAGCUUGCCAGACUCUUGAAGAGUGGGACCGAAGGAAUGUUGGUCAUUGACAGCCGCUCCUUUGUGGAGUACAACUCCUGGCAUGUUCUCAACUCUGUCAACAUCUGCUGCUCCAAGCUGGUCAAAAGAAGGCUUCAGCAGGACAAGGUAUCCAUCACAGAACUCAUCCAGCCAGCCGCCAGUAUAAAGGUGGAGGCAGAGAAACAUCAAGAUGUUGUGGUCUAUGAUCAGAGUACAAGGGAUGUAAAUGGACUGUCAACCGACAGUUUCCUAUCUGUUCUUCUGGGCAAGCUGGAUAGUUGCUUCCACAGUGUCUCCAUCCUCACAGGGGGCUUUGCCACCUUCUCGUCUUGUUUCCCAGGACUCUGUGAAGGAAAACCAACUGCCAUCCUGCCAAUGAGUAUCUCUCAGCCAUGCUUGCCAGUGGCCAAUGUUGGCCCAACACGCAUCUUGCCUCAUCUCUAUCUAGGUUCCCAGAAAGAUGUCUUAAAUAAGGACCUGAUGACCCAGAAUGGGAUCAGCUAUGUUCUCAAUGCCAGCAAUUCAUGUCCCAAGCCAGAUUUCAUCUGUGACAGUCACUUCAUGCGCAUUCCAGUCAAUGACAAUUACUGUGAGAAACUGCUUCCUUGGCUGGAUAAAUCGAUUGAGUUCAUCGAUAAGGCCAAGGUUUCUAGCUGCCAGGUGAUUGUGCACUGUUUGGCAGGGAUUUCCCGAUCGGCCACCAUUGCCAUUGCAUACAUCAUGAAGACCAUGGGCAUGUCUUCAGAUGAUGCCUACAGGUUUGUCAAAGACAGACGUCCCUCCAUAUCACCCAAUUUCAACUUCUUAGGUCAACUCCUAGAGUAUGAGAGAAGUUUGAAGCUACUCAAGGCUUUGAAGGCCCAAGGAGAGAAAGGGGAAGGGGAAUCCCAGCAAGACUACUUUGAGACUUGUGACGGUAAUAGACCCCAGACUCUGUCUCUCUCAGAAAAGACUGAGGAGGUAUUAAAAAGCACAAUCUUGGAAACAUCCUCCAUUGACUCUGAGCGAUCACUAGGAAUUUCAAAGGUGGUCUCACCCAUGGCAUUGCAGCAAGGACUCAAUGGGCUGCAUUUAUCUUCUGAUCGCAUCCAAGACACCAACCGACUCAAGCGUUCUUUUUCUCUGGAUAUCAAGUCAGCUUACUGUCCUACCCAAAGGCAGGAGAUCCCGGUUCCUACUGAAGUAGGGGAAACUCCCAAGCUUUGUAAGUUGGACAGCCCUUCAGGUCCCAAUGGUACGUGUCAGUUCUCUCCUCUUCCAGAUGGUUCUGACUGGCCCAGCGGACCUGACUUCAUUCUAGAGGCCAAAGUACGACAACGACGGAAGCACAGGCACCAAGCAGGCUCCCCUGCCCAUGGGCUGAGCCUUAAUUUCAGUGGGAUGUGUGCCAUGCACAAAAGCACCAGCAUGGAGGACAAUCUCAAGCAGACCCUUCGGCUGAGCCUUCCCAAUGUAGGGCAGCAACUGGCACAGCCAGCCACCGCCCCCUCCAAUGCUGGUACUUGGGGGAUGCACGUGGAAUCCCCAAGCACACCUUCCUCGGAGAACCCCUGGUACUUCGGCACAGACUCGGCAGCGGGCAGCAAAGGCAGCGGGAAUGGGACUCUCUUUGCCAGCGCCACCACCUACUCCUCAUUCAGCUGCAGCACAAUCCAAGCGAGCUGUGAGAUCAGACUGAGGGACAAGCAACGAGGGGAGCAGCGCGAGGUGCGGCACAGCUGGCACGAGGACACCAUGCCCGAGAAGCAGUUCAAAAGAAGGAGCUGCCAGAUGGAGUUUGAAGAAACCUUAUCGGAGAGCAGAUCUCGGGAAGACCUGGGCAAAAUUAGCAAACAGUCUAGCUUUUCAGGCAGCAUGGAGAUCAUAGAGGUGUCCUGAUUUUCACUGUGUGAGAUUUGAGAGCAAGCGCGGGUGCAUCUGGGGGUGUGGGAGGGGAAGGGAGGUAGGGACGAGGAAGAAGAUGGGUGACAUAUUUAAUGGAGGAGAAGGUGGGUGUGGGUGUAGGAGCAUUUUUUUUUUCAUGUGCCCGGGUGCAUUUCCAAAGGGCAUAAAACAAAGGCAAAGCUGAAGGAAUCUGAAGUCAAGAAACAUAACGGUGCAUGCUUAGUGCCUCCUUUGGUUCCUACCUCCACCACCACCGCGACAAACCACAAUCACAUUCCCUUUCUUGGGUAGGUGGAGAGUAUAUUAACUCUUUAAAUAUUGGGUUCUUUCCUUUUGCAUGCAAAGGGUGCUUUCUCUUUCCCCUUCAGAGGGAACGGGGAGAGCUGAUGCAUGUGUCCUAUGAUGGGGUUGAAAGAGAAACUAGGGCGAAAUUGAAGCUUGGGAGGGGUGAAAGUUUUCUUGGAGGAAAAAGGUUGCUCUUUGAUCCGCAGAUUUGCAACAGGAAGAGUUAAAGGGAAGCAGGUUCUUUUCUUUGAAGAGUGUAUUGCUAAUUAUAAUGAGUACAUUCCUAUCUGACUUAUAGGAAGUAAUCGAGAUUUUGCCUAUCCGUUUCCAUUAGAGCUGGGGCAUUUCCUUUCUAUUCCAUCAGGGUUGGACAAUAUAUUGGUGGCUCUUUCCCAAAUUCAGGUGCAGAAACCUGGAGAGGUUUCUUUUUCCGAGGCUCCCCUCUUCCUAUACUGAGCAUGGGCCUUUGUGUUUCUCUGGCUAGUAUUCUUUAAAGCUGCUUUUCAGCAGUCCUAUACAUAUAUAUAUAUAUAUUAUAUAUAAUAUAAAAGAGAGAAAAAAAAACACAAAGAAAAAAAGUUUAAAGGUUUUACUACAGUUUUUAUUGAGACAAAUAAUUUUCGACUUUUCUUUCUAAUUUAUUUGAAGCUGUUCAUUCUGGCAAUGAUUUUCAGACAAUGUAGGGGCAGCACUCCAGCUCUGUUUUUAUGUAUAUGGUAUUUAAAUCUGAAACACGAGUUUCAAAGCAAUAUCUUAGGCCUGUGGCUCCUUCAAUGGCUUGCAUCAGUGGAGGAGGCACCCCCAAAAGAGAUAAAAAGGUGUGUGUGUGUUUGCGUGUGCGCGUGGAUGUGUGGGUGUGUAUAUGGGCAUCUGCUUUUUAUUUUUUUAAAAAGUGAGAAAAUCUUUAACUCAAACUGAGCCAGGAAUUCUUCUUAAUGCUUUCUUUAUUUUCCUUGUUCUAUCACACCUUGCAAUCAAAGCCAUAAAACCUUCUCUUUCCUGGGUCUGAGCAGGGGAUAAUUAUGAGAGUUGUGGCUGUAAGAGUAGCUUAUAAGAAAUAAGGAUACCUUGAAUAGGAAGGGGGAGCAGACUGCAUAGGAGCUAUGUAUACGUGCCACCUGUAAAAGGAUCACAUUAGAUCUAAACCCAGGGUUUUUUCCCCCAGUGGGGAGGGCUUUUCAGAAGUUUUUAAUUUCCCAUUGACUUAGGAGAACUGGUGGGCUCUUAAACCCAAGGGCAGGCUACUCUGAAUGGCUCCUCUUGUUCAAACAAUGUUAAACCCAGCAUCUGUGGAAGGCAGAUGGAGGUGGAAGAGAAUUUUGGAGAACUAAGACCAUGGGAAAUGUUGACUAAAUUAUGUUGUGGUACUAGAGUAAAAAUCUCUUAAAUAUCCUCAGGCCUAUUUUAGGGAAGCUGCCAGGAGGCAGUGUCUUUUUUACUACUGCAAGAACCGACAUUGUAGCUUCAGUUCACCAUCCAAAAUCUCUUGCCUCCUCUAAGUAUUCACUCACCAUCUAUCAGGGAUUUUUCAGUGAAUACAAAUCAGUCAGUGAGCAAAUAGUCCAAAGACAAAAAGUUCACUUACCAGGUCAUCAAAAGUGAACAGCCUUUCAAGAAAUGAAGUUUUAGAAAAGAUAAAGAAUAUUUUAGAUACAAUGUGAAGCACUUGCCAGCCCAUCCCAAGUUAAGUUUUCAUCAUCUGCCGGUAUCUUCUAAGCCUCUAGAAUGUUAGUAAGAACUUCAGUUCAAUCAGAGAUUUUGUCUUGAAUUUAAGAGACUAAUGUCGAUGAUCGAGACAAGAAAACUGGUUUUGAAGGUUUCAUCUAAAUAAGUCACUGGGAAGUAAUUUGGAUGAAAGUUUUUCUGCAGGUAACAUUUUUCUUCUUAGGGAGGAAAGGUUUCUGUGACACCUUUUAAAAGAUGUACUGUAUUUUUCGGACUAUAAAAUGCUCUGGACUAUAAGACGCACCUAGCUUUUGGGGAGGAAAACAAGAAAAAAAAUAGUCUCUGCCUCCCAGCAAUUUGCCUUCUUGCAGCAAACAGCCUGGUCAGCUUCAGCACAGCCUGAUUUAGCAUCAGCAGCUGACUAGCAGUUGGAUCGGCCUCCCAGAAUGCUGCCUAUCAACUGUUGCAGGCAACAGGGAUUGCCGCCACUGCCUAUCCCUGCCCACCUGGAACAGGACAAAAAUGGGGCGCACAGAGGCCAAAAAUUGGACACAUGGAGGCUGAAAAUGGGGCGUCUGGAUGCUGAAAAUGGGAUGUGCGAAGGCCAAAAAUGGGGCACGCAGAGGUGGCUAUAGGCAGUGGCGAUGGGCGGCGGCAAUCACUGCAGCCUGGAACAGCUGAUAGGUGGUAUUCCAGGAUGCAGAUCCAACCAGUAAUCAGCUGCUCAUGCAAAAUCAGACUGUGCUGAAGCUGACCAGGCUGUUUGCUGCAAGGAGGCAAAUUGCUGGGAGGCAGAGGCUGACGUUUGGGGGCUGGCAGGUGUGUGGGGUUUCAGCAGCAUUCGCUCUAUAAGACACACAGACAUUUCCACCCACUUCUUUGGGGUGGGGGAGUGCAUCUUAUGCACUGAAAAAUACGGCAUAUCUUAAAUCAGAAGAGGCCAUAGCCAGCUCAGGAUUUUUUUCACACCACAAGUGGAUAAUUGGACCUGUUCCCAGCUGUUAAAAUAUGCUAAUAAAAUGACAAAUGUAAAACAGAUCACUUCUGACUGGUAGAAACACCCUGCCCAAUCAACUUGAUACUAGGGCUGGCCUUAGAUGAGGAGAAAAAUGGGUUUCACAUUACUGAACAUUAGGCACAUUCAGAUGUGUUUCUGGUGGAGAAGAUUGUUUGAGAAAUACUACAACCACUGGUUUUCCGGCGGAGUAGGAGAGAUUAUUUGUAAGACACUGACUGUGUAGAUGAGCUCAACCAAGCAGAGGGUUUCCCCCUCAGUGGGUCACUUCCUUGGGAACCACUUGUGUGGAAGCUCUCCGUGGAAGUGAGCUGCUUUAACCUGGUAAAAGUUACAGUCCCAGUGUUGUAUGAAAUAUUUGUCGAAGGCCUCUAUUUCAGAGGGCCAUGUUGUUUACAUUGCCUUGAACAGGUACAAAAUGGAACUUUAGGGCAAGCAAAUAAACACACAUAUCAAGAUAAUAAUUGGCCACAAGUGUACAAUCCCAGUCAAAACACAAGAGUGGGAAGGAUGUUGCACAUUUUCAUUAUUGGCUACUCUGGACAUAUUUGUGGCGAGCAGCAAAGGAUUCAGCUCAGUUCAUGACACGGAGGCACCACAGGGGCUGCUCAUCUAUUUAAAAUAAAGGCACAGAACUGUCUCCCUGAAAGCACAUUUUCUUCUUCGUGUAUCUGGUUUUGCAUUUGCUCCGUUCGUAUCACGUGCUGGGUUUGUUUGGGUUUGUUUGUUUGUUUUUGAGCCAAUACCUCAGGGUUGUUUGUGUAGCUUUUAAAAGGAAAAACAAAAUCUUUUUAGUGCAUUUCUUUUCCCAUUUCUUUUCUUGUUCAGCUGUAUUUUUGUUUUUAAAUACACAAGACAAAAAUAACAAUCUCAGGUUCAGACUUUGCAAACCACAGGGGAGCAGCAAUAACAUGUUCUUGCAUCAGGUUGUCUGUUUCCUGACCAUAGUAAUUGCUGUCUACUUUGCCAAGACACAAAGUAGAGAGGUCCUCAUUGUAUUUAUUUUACCACUGUCUGUUCAGAUUAGAUGCUGCAAGCUCGGGAGUGACUUAUGUGGACCUGCAUGCUAUUUAGCAAGUAAUAUGCAGAGGGGCAUUGGACAGUGGGACUGGAGAGAUGCAAUUAGGUUCUCACACUGGCAAUAUAAUUUUCUCUUUUUUUAAAAAAAACAACAACUGUUGAAUUGUUACAGUGAAAGCAAGAUGACAUCUUCUGCUGCGGCUUUCUUGGAGUUUUGUACAGUAUCCACAGAUGCUAAAAGAUCAAAAUCCUCAUUUCACCUGUGAGCUUGCAUCAGAAAUGCAGAUAAAACGUUCCACCUUAGGAAUUUUUAAUCUUGCGAAAGUUUGAUUUAAAGUUGAAUUGGCACUAACUGGUUAGCUGGUAUUGAUGAGCUGGGAUUAGGUCCUUCUGGAUUCCUCUCAUCAAUACUUAUAAGAAAUACUCAUAAGUAUCACCAAGAGUUUUCAGAUAGGCUGAGCAAAUGAACAAUUGGGAUAAUGUAGAAACAUCAGAUUCCUAUAUUACUCUGAAAUAACUUACCUUUCAAGAUGCCAAGAUCUUUUAAGCUUGCUGAAAAAGAGGAUGAGAGCAGCCCUCGCAUAUCUUACUCUGGAAUAGAAUGCCAGUGCUGACUUUCCUCAAAUACAGCUAAAAGUCACAUUUGUAGAAAAAAAAAUAAGGUGAUUAUAGUAUAACGGCUAAACGAAGCCAAGUUGAGAACCAUAAAGCAGUUUGUUUGGGGUGCAGCUGAUUCUUAACAGUACCAUUGUCUUGCUGCUAACUCUCCAUCUCCAGAAUGUGGAGAGAGAAAGAGAGGGAGGGAGGGAGGGAGGGAGAGAGACGUGUCACUUUAACUUCACACCAGGUACAAAAUUAUCUAACAUCCUCGGUCUUACAUAGGGAUUUUUCUGGCUUGCAGCACCUUCCCCCCCCCCCCGACAAAAAGUUUUGUUAGCUUUGUUUUGAAGGCUUUGCUGUGAUUCUUCACUCUUCUGCCUGUUUUAUCAUGUGUCUGUUGUGGUUUUAUUUAUUAUUUCUGUCGUCCUUGUUUCUUGUAUCCCAUGUGCCGUUUUCAUGUCUCCUCUACUGGAUGCCAAUCCCUUAAAAGGAUGUCUUUCCUACUUUCCUCUGGAUCCUAAUACUAAUGAUAAUAAGCUAUCAAUGUUGUAAUUGCAAUGUAUGGAUUAUAGAUUUAAGUAUUUAUUAUUAUAUUAUUAUGUAAUUUUGCUUCUAUGUAUGUUGAUCUUUGUUUCUCUGUUGUGAAUCUAUAUGGGCUUUUCCCUUCUCCACCUGCCCUCGGCUUUCUCUGAUUCCAACUGUAUGCAAAGGCUGGUCAACAUUGUGGCAUGUGCGAUUGCCAAAUAGUGCACAGAUGGAGGUGGAGAAGUCCUUCUCUCAGGGAUAUCCUGUUCUCUUAAAAACUCUGCCAGACACUGAAGUUUCCCUAGAUCCACUAAAGUUUUGCAGGAAGAAAGACAAAAGCUCUAAUGUGAUUUAAGAUAAGUAAAGAGUGCAUCAGGAGGUACAGGACACCUGUUUUUCAUCUGACCAUAGUUUUCCUCUUCUGGGCUACAAAUCCCAGCACCCACAAUUAUUAUAGCCAUUGUGCUGUGAUGGGGAAUUACAUUCCUACUUAUCUGGAUGGUAUUAGAUGGGGGAAAGUGGACACAGAGCUAAUGCAGACUAAUUUCAGCGCAACAAUUUCCCCCAUCCUUUGGAUUAAAAUUUGAUGAGUGCUAAGAACUCAACAAAAUUGUUUGCACUCUGGAGAAAAAUCUAAUUUCCCAACAUCUUUUCAAGUCACGAUUCUGUAUCAAUAGCCAUCAUACAAAUACGUUGAUGGAAGCCAAAAGCAAUUAAAAGGAGGCAUUUAGUCUCCAAAUCCUGUAAUAAAACCCAGUUAAAUUCAAUUUUGUAGUAUAGACUUUUCUGUCACCGUAGUAUUGUGAUUACAUUAGACUAGACAGGAUAGAAGAGAUACAGAGCCUGCUCCCUUAUUGAUAGCGAGGACUUUUUUCAGGUUAACAGUAUUCAGAUAUCAACAUGAAAGACCCAGAUAUUUCAUUCUAAAGUUGUAUAGAUUUCAGUGGAAUAUUUAUCAUUUAAUGCAUUUAGUAUUAUUGCUCCAACAAAAUUCAAAGCUGCAAUUGUUUUCUGUAUAGUUGCAUGUCUUGGGCAAGUCUCUCUUGACUUCUUCAAUAUAUCGAAGCAAUUAUGGCUGGUUUGCACACACAACAAGCGUCCCUCUCUAAUUUGUUGUAGAACCUGGAGUGGCUGAAACCCCCAGGGGCGAUUCCUCUAUCUCUAGGAAUUGUUCGGAGACUGAUAUCCCCCUCCCCCAUUUAUCCUUUAUUGCUCAAUGAAUAGAAGUCAGUAUUGCAAAACACAGCUGUGAGCAAAGGACGUCUGAGUCCUUUCUAACCAUCUAUCUGCCACAUGUUUUCCUAGCCGUUCUCAGUAGGAAUCAGUAGAAUAGCCAUUCAACAGAUUGUUUUGAGAUUUCGGAGAGGAGGUGCAAAUUUUCUGUUGUAAUAUGUUGUGUUUAUUUAUUGUUGCUCAGAAUUCUUUUGGAAAGAGUAGAGAAACCGACUUAACCCAACGUUCUCAGAAGGCGUUCACAGAACCCCUCUUGUCUGUGGUGCCACAUUUUUAUUCUGCAAGUUCUUCUGUCUUGUAAAAACACAUUAACGUGGGAAUUAGGUGACGAGAUGCUGAGCACCUGACGCAGGCACAGACAGAACUGAAGACCUUCGUCUGUCAAUAUCCUCAAACAAGAGAUGAAGACUUGGUUCUCCGGGCAAUUCAUAAGCAAGGAUUGCUCUAGGAAUGAAAAUUUGGAUAUAGAGAUCUGUGUGUCCUGGGAAUGAAUUCUGAGUACUAUCUAGGAUGGGUGAAGUGUGCAGUGGUGGUGGUGGGGAGAAAUGACACUGCAUCUGGUCUGUGAGUUUGUCCCCUUCCUUCUCUCGUGAUAACCAAACUUACAGCCCUUUCUGCCUGCUAAAGGAAUGCUGACAUUGGAUGUUGCUUGGCAGGAUUGAGUGGUACACUCGGCCCCUGCAUUGACUUUAUUUAUUUAUUACUGAAAGCUGUAAACAGCAGUGCUUUUACCCUCUCUUUCUUUUCCUUUCUUUUGUAUUUGGGAACAAUGUGUUGUAAUAAAUUCCUGAUAGAUGUUUUAA